AUGGAUAGAGAGGAGAAGGAUGUUCAUUCGUCUGAUUUCUCUGUAGAUUCGAAUACUAGUCAGGAAGAGUACAAUCGUGUAAUGUCUGUUCAAACAACAGACCCUCAAAGUAGCUUGCAACAGGAAAGAAGAAAUGAAUUUCAAAAAUACGAAACUAUUCAAUGGAGUGCCGACACUAACCAGCCAAAAACAAUGAAUCGACAUGAUCUUAAUCAACACCAAACAGGUGAAACUCAUCAACAACAAGUAACUAAUGCAAAACCAUCCGAAACUUCUUCAAACAGAAGAGUUUCAAUAAUAGACGAAACUAAUAGAACUCGAGACAAAAUUUCGAAAAGGAAAAGAAAGAAAUCAACACGACUGAGAAAACCACUUCAAAACGAUCAGCUUUUAAAGAAUUACUUUGAGAUGGACAGAGUUUCGUCUAAUGAAGUGACAACCUUUAAAAUAAUUCCAUCAGAAACAACAUCUCAAGAUUCAUCACAUGAUCAACAAUCAUGCAACACUUCUGCAUCAUCUGAAAGCUUUAUCAAAAAGGAAACCUUUCAAGUUUAUUCGAAAUUAUCUGAAAGUAGUGAGGAUUCUUCUAGAAAAUCGAUCACACCACCCCAACAACAGCAAGUUUUGCCUCAACCCGCCCAAACUUCUCAAAACACUACUUCAGCACAUUUCCAUAACAGCUCAUUGACUUUACAAGAAUUAAUGAACUCUGAAAUAAUGCAUAAUUUUACCCAACAUUCGAAUAACAUUUCCGAAAUGUGGAUUCAUGAAAAUGUAGAGUCAGGUUGGAUGGCCUUAAGCUCAAAAAACUUGGAACUUGCAAAUUUCCUUUUAUCAACUAUUUCUGAUUUAAGAAUGUUCAUUAUUUGGACCUAG